AGGGGUCUGGUUCCCCUCCCCGGUUUCAGUUCCCACUUUCACAUUCCGUACCAUCAGCUCAUUCUGUCUACGGUCAGUAACUGCAAACAGCAGCACCGAGUAUCUGGUUAUGAAGUUCUUGCUGCUUCUUGUCCUCUGCUGCCCCUCCGAAGCUGGAAUCGAGAAGCCGGGUGUGAGAAGCCGCCUCACCCUAAAAGGAUUACAAUAUGGUUGGAGAGCGGGAAUGCAGGAGUUAGAGGGGCGACUUCCGUCUCUCCAAAUCCCUGACGUCAGCGGGUCCAUCGCAGUUCCUGUGAUUGGUCCAAUAGUUUACUCUGUUACAGGAUUGCAAAUACAGGACCUGGACCUCUCCAAUUCCAAUGUUUCCUUCAUCUCGGACACCGGGCUCAAGGCUGAAGUCAGCGCGGGGCAGUUACGGGUCACGGGAAACUUGAAAUUAAGAACCUUUCUCUUUACUGCAUCCACCAUACUGGAAGUAUCAGUCCGAGGUCUCUCCUUCACUGGGCUUCUUGGGGUGACCAGUGAUGACUCGGGUCGCUGUGCCGUGUGGGAUGGUGGGUGCAGCUCCAACGUGGGUCAAGUGGACAUCGGAUUUCAUGGAGGAUCUGGGUGGUUGUUCUAUAUGUUCAGAGAUGCAGUAGCAGGACCUGUGCAUGAUGCGCUGAGUACUCAGAUUUGCCCUGAGUUUAGCAAAAGGGUUCAACAGAUGGAGGAAGUACUGAGUAAUAUGCCGGUUACCCAUAUUGUGGAUUCCGUGUCCUUCCUGGAAUUUCCUCUGGUCGGUCUGCCAUUGAUCACGGAGGGGACCAUAGACUUCUUCGUUAAGGGGCAGUUUGCUGGCCACUCACAGCAUUGGGACUUCCCGGAGCAUCCAGAAAAGCUUGUCCUGCCCGAUAUAGACUCCCGGAUGUUCCUCCUCGCCCUGUCGCAGUUCACUGCCAACUCAGCCGGGUACGUGCAUUACAAGUCGGGUAUCCUGGAACGCAACAUCACCGAUGAUGAGAUACCCAAAGGAAGUCCAUUGCGUUUAAACACCAGAAGCUUAAGCAUCUUUGUUCCAGAGCUCCUCACUCGGUUCCCAGACUCUCCGCCGCUGCUCCUGCAUGUCUCCGCUCGCUCCCCACCGGUGGUCAGCUGCCAGCCUGACCUUCUCACCCUGGAGACCUCCAUGGACAUCCGGCUGUUCGCCAUGUACCCCGAGCAGCCUCCGACUCCCAUCUUCCAGAUACAGGCAGAACUGCAGACUCAGGUGGACAUCCUGCUGUCGGAUGAGAAUAUGGGAGCUGCCCUUACUCUAAAGAACUUGACCCUCACCCUCGUUCGGUCAGAUGCAGGACCCGUUAAGGUGGAUUCCAUGCGAAAUAUCUUCAGUUUGGCUCUGAAGGUGGCCAUAUUUCCUCUUGUGAAUGCGAGACUGAGGAAUGUGUUCACCUUUCCCACCAGUCCCGUCCGUCUGCAGAACCCGGUGGUAAAUGUGUUAAAGGGAUAUCUGCUGAUUGUGUCGGAUUUGGAGAUGUCACCAUGACCUCUUCGCCGGGGGCCCAGUGUGGUGACCUCUUCACCGGGGGCUCGGUGUGGUGACCUGGGGUCCUUGUAAACACAAUGUGACAUCUUCUUCUUGCUGGUUAAUCUCAUCGAUCAUCUCUGUACAUGGAUCAGCUGUCUGUCUCUUUCCACGUGGAUCGUCCAAUAUCCGUGUCUCAACAUCCCAAACCCUGCUGUUUGUCUCGGAUCUGCCUGUCUCGGGGCCCCUUGUGACAAAUAUUCUCACUAUGGGCCCCAGAGGACUGAAGAAUCACAAUAUUUUUGCUAUAAAUCAAUAGAAUCAACAUUCAGAGACUUAACGGGAUUCCGUGGACUACAACUCCCAUGACGCUCGUCCGGUGACUGUUAUGGAUUCUAGGUCAACAGCGGGCUGACAAGAUAUAUAUAUAUAUAUAUAUACAGUCCGUGACGUGCGAUUCUGGUCUUUACAUUUAAAGGACCUUCAGAUGCUCUAUUUUUUUCUGCUGUUAAAAUUAAACACUUUUUAUAACAAAGUUUGAUCUUCUUGAA